AUGGAUCCUUACUACAUCGGUGCCAUCAUCCCACUCGUGCUGACUCUCCUCAUCCGCACCACGAAAAAGUUGAAAAAACGAGGCUUGCCGGUAGAUGUCGGUGGCGAGCCCGGAUUUGCAUUACGAAACGCGCGAUUCGAAUCGCCCGUUGAGUCAGCUUGGGAAGGUAUCACGACCCUUGCCGAGCUUUUCGAGCAGUCGUGUAAAAAACACUCGAACCUGAGGUUGCUCGGGACUCGAAAACUCAUUGCUCGGGAAAUAGUGACAGCCGAUGGGAGGUCUUUCGAGAAGCUCCAUUUAGGAGAUUACGAGUGGUUGAGUUACGGGCAGGUUUUUGAAUCUGUUUGCAAUUUUGCGUCUGGUUUGGUAAAGUUGGGGCAUCAGAAAGGGGAGCGUGUGGCUAUAUUUGCCGAUACGCGUGAAGAAUGGUUCAUAGCUUUGCAGGGUUGUUUCAGGCUCAAUAUUACUGUUGUGACAAUUUAUGCAUCUCUUGGUGAAGAAGCUCUGUGUCACUCGUUCAAUGAGACAGAGGUCACAACUGUGAUUUGCGGAUACAAGGAGCUGAAGAAAAUAGCCAAUGUAAGUGGACAGCUGGACACCGUUAAACGAAUAAUAUGCAUGGAUGAUGAAUUUCAGUUCGAUGGUUCAUUAACUUCUGGAAGUAGCAAUUGGACUGUCACGUCCUUUUCGGAUUUGGACAAGUUGGGCCGUGAAAAUCCAGUCGAACCAAACAUGCCCCUUUCAGCCGAUGUUGCUGUGAUAAUGUACACAAGCGGCAGUACGGGCAUGCCUAAGGGUGUGAUGAUGACACAUGGCAACAUUUUAGCCACAGCUUCUGCAGUGAUGAAUAUGGUUCCUGGACUAGGAACUAAGGAGGUUUAUUUAGCUUAUCUGCCACUUGCUCAUGUUCUUGAACUAGCAGCCGAGAAUAUUGUGGCUGGCAUUGGGAGCUGUAUAGGAUAUGGGACUCCUUUAACUCUUACAGAUACUUCGAAUAAGAUAAAGAAAGGAACAAAAGGUGAUGCUACUGUUUUAAGGCCGACAAUUAUGGCAGCUGUACCAGCUAUUCUUGAUCGUGUUCGAGAUGGUGUCCGCAAAAAGAUAGAUUCUACAGGCGGGCUCUCGAAGAAACUAUUCGAUUUGGGGUAUGCUCGGCGGUUUUCUGCGAUAAACGGAAGUUGGUUUGGGGCAUGGGGAUUAGAGAGGUUUCUGUGGGACCUUUUAGUGUUUCGAAAAGUUCGGGCGAUAUUGGGAGGUCACAUCCGUUUCAUACUAUCCGGAGGGGCUCCCCUUUCUAGCGACACCCAAAGAUUCAUCAAUAUAUGUCUCGGCGCUCCAAUUGGUCAAGGGUAUGGCCUUACUGAGACCUGUGCUGGUGGGACAUUUAGCGAGUAUGAUGAUACAUCUGUUGGUCGUGUUGGUCCUCCACUACCUUGCUCAAUCAUUAAGUUGGUCGAUUGGCCUGAAGGCGGAUAUUUAAUAACCGACUCCCCAAAGCCACGUGGAGAAAUAGUUAUUGGCGGACCAAAUGUCACCGUCGGUUACUUCAAAAAUGAGGAGAAAACAAAUGAAGUGUACAAGGUGGACGAGAGAGGAAUGAGGUGGUUCUAUUCAGCGCUGCCCGCGAGUCCUAGUUCGCGCCCGCUAAGAGGGCCUAACCCGCGACUUUUCAGCCAGCAGCUCCCAGCAGCCCGCGAGUCCUAG